AUGACGGAAAACUACACAUUCGAGGCCUUUUCAUUCGAAGGCCAACAAGACACGGUCAACUUCGGUCUAGGUCAUACUGCACCGUUUCCGUUAGCCCUCCGGCCCGCGAACGGUUGGCAACCAACACUCGGCGAGGCGGUCGACGCAAUCAGGGAGCUUUCAGAGUCGGGUAUUCUCUUCGCACAGGUCCAGUACCACGGAGGAGCCGUCUUGAUUCGAGGUCUACCAAUCAAGACGGCGCAGGAAUACAGCCAUGUCGCGCACGCGUUCGGGUUUCCUCCCCACGAAGAGGUCGGGCGCCCGCCGUUGCGUAUCGUGUUGGCAGAGAACGUCAAGACGGCGAAUGAGGGACCAGCGGAAUUGCCCAUUUGGCCUCACAAUGAGUACGGGUGGUCGACCAUCAAUCCUUCUUGGCUGUCGUUUACGUGCCUAGAGGUCCCACAGUCCGGAGGCGAAACGCCGAUCACAUCGAGUUUACGUCUAGCUGCUACAUUGAACAAGCAGGCACCCGACUUCGUCCAGAAACUCCUGGCGAAGGGUGUUAAAUACCUGUAUCUAUACGGAUUGGAGAAUGUAGUCUCGAACACGGGACAGAGCGUCCUCGCUGCAUACGGCCAGCACGUCAAGCCAGACGACAACGAAGCGAUAAUCCGCGCUAAGAUCGAGAGGGAGGUGAGGAGGCACAGCGAUACGUUCGAAUGGCAUGAAGAUGGAUCGUUGUCAGUGACGCACGUCGUACCAAUCAUACGAAAGCAUGGAGAUACCGGCCUGAUGACAUGGUUCGGCAAUAUAACGAGUGCCUGGGGUCGCAGCAAGUACCAUGGUGCGACUGAACCGCCUUACCGAGGGGACGACGGUUCAUACCACCCGCCACCGCUUUAUGGAGACGGUAGCAAAAUCGAAAACGAAUACCUCGACCUGGCUCUUGAGCUGGCCGAGUCAUUACAAGUAUUUGUGUCGUGGCAGCAAGGUGACAUUUUACUGUUUGACAACUAUGCAGUGAUGCACUCUCGACGCCCAUGGGUGGGUAAAAGAGUGGUUCUGGCAGCGCUGUGGGACUCCGAAAAAGCCAGGAUCAGUGACUAUCCAAGCAAAUCUGCUGAUGGAUCCAUUUGA